AUGGGCAAUGGCAUCUCCAAAAACACAUGCUUCUCCGGUGACACCUAUGCGCCGGCUGUCUCAUCGGACCCAGUACCCGGCGACAUCCAUGGGCACUCCUUCAAGUAUGUGCCAAUAUCCGUCGCCUUCGACAAGUCCUCAAUGGCUAAUGUGCUCUCAUCGAAAACACCCUUCUUCUCUUUAUCCGGAGCGGCCAUCAACGCCAACCAAGCAACAUCAUCAUCAAUGCCGUCGUUCCAGCUGCUUAAUGAAUUGAUGGGGCCGCAAUCAUAUGCGUGCAUCGUUAAGAGCUCGUGCUCCUUCACCGCUGCACCGCUCCAAGCCACACCAGCUAGGUCGUCCUUGUCUGGACACUUCUUGGAUUCAUCCAGCACCGUAUCCACUAUCUCCAACCAGUUGCCAAGGCGGGCCUGCAUGUACGGUAUGCUAGACCACUCCUUCUCAUCGUCCUCAUCCGUUGUUAGUAAACAGGAUAGUGUUUCUCAUCUCAUGGUUGAACACGGCGCCACAGGCUCUCGGUGUUGCAAUGAGCGGCCUCUCGGCAAAUCUUUGGCCACAGCCGGCUCCAGGCUCGAUUUCAGGGUGCCACGCAACAGCCUCCUAUCAAAGGGUCCUAUUGAGUUGUCAAAUAUGGAUUCCUUCGGGGAUGGGAAUCACCGCUCGCCACCGAGCAAUAAUGUGCAGUGGGCUCAGGGCAUGGCCGGCGAGGACCGGUUCCAGGUGGCGGUCUCAGAGGAGCGUGGGUGGGUGUUCGUGGGGAUUUAUGACGGCUUCUUUGGUCCAGAUGCGACCGACUACCUCUUUGCGAACCUCCACGUCGCCGUGCACCACGCACUCAAGGGUGUGCUCUCGGACAACAUCCAGUGCAAUGAUUCGACAACCACUUCUAAUCAUCUCUUUUCUCUUAAUGGAGGCAAUCAUAGCCCAGAAUUUGAACGAAAGCCGGCGAAGAGGGGUCGGAUAGAACAUCCGGAGAAGGACAAUUCUGCCAUGUCUGGGGGCGGCCCGACGAUACACCAGAAAGUCCUCGGGGCGCUGGAUCGGGCAUUGAGGGAGACGGAGGAGGCAUUUUUCAAGGCAGCAGAGGAGGGUGCGACCGACAACCCAGAGAUUGGGCUGAUGGGGUCAUGCGUGCUAGUGAUGCUGAUGAAGGGCGAGGACGUGUAUGUGAUGAACGUGGGGGACAAUCGUGCCGUGUUGGCGAGGGGGCAGGAGCCCGAUCAUGAUAACAUCCCCGGCAAGGCGACACGGAAGGAUCUGCAGCAGUUGAAGGCCGAGAUCAUGGAUGGCCUACAGUCUGUGCAGCUCAACGCUGAACACAGUACCUCUGUUGAGGAGGAGGUAAACAGGAUCAAGGCUGAACAUAGUGAUCGCAACGCCAUCAUCCACGGCAGAGUGAAGGGGAAACUCAACGUCACCAGAGCAUUCGGGGCUGGCUACCUGAAGGAGCCAAAGUGGAACAGUAUGUUGUUAGGGUCCUUCAAGAUUGAUUACAUCAGCAAGGGCCCCUACAUAAACUGCAUCCCAUCACUCCACCACCAUCGUAUCGGUCCAAACGACAAGUUCCUGGUGUUGUCGUGUGACGGGCUCUAUCAGUAUUUCACCAAUAAAGAGGUGGUUGAUGAGGUAGAGAUGUUCACAACUGUGUAUCCCAAGGGCAAUCCUGCUGAGCAUCUCGUCGAAGAAUUGUUACUUCGGGCUGCAAGGAAUGCCGGUCUGGACUACCAUGAACUGCUCAACAUAUCCCAUGACGAAAGGAGGAGAUACCAUGAUGAUGUUUCUGUCAUCGUGAUCUCGUUCAAGGGGAGGAUGUGGAGAUCCUCCGCUUAG